AUGGCCUCCAACCUCUCAGCCCCAGCCCUGGUAGCACCAGUCCAACCCAGCACCCCGUCCAUCUCCCUCCAGACAGCCCGCCUAGAAAAAGCCAGCGCGCCCACCGACCUGCCGCCCCGGGAGAAGCUCCCAGCCGCCUCCCCGGCCCCAGACCUCGCCACCCUCCGCCAGCUCACGCACGCCUCGGCCCUAACCCGCAUCCGCGCCAAGAUCCAGCACGGCGCCUUCGUAGCCGAAGCCGGCAAUUUCGCAGCCGUGGCAUGCUGGGAGCCGCUAUCGGUGCAGAAACCACUCGUCACAGAUUUGAACGAAGGGGACACGUCGCGGCCGCUAUUCGCAGGUUUCGCGCGCGCCAUCGAGGGGAUGGUGGCCGAGCACCUGCGGCCUGUAGCGGAGCGCGUGAGUGAGGGGCGGUAUUGGCAUCUGAGCCUAAUGGCGCGGGAUCCGGAGGUCGAGUAUGUGCCGGGGGCGGUGAGGGCGGUGCUGGCGCCGUUUAUGCGGCGGUUUGUGGAAAGGGAGAUUGAGGUUGAGGGUGGGAUGGCUAUCGGGCCGGCGCCGGUGUGGCUGGAGGCGGGUAGCGAGAGGGCGAGGGAUGUUUAUGCGCAUUUUGGGUUUCGGGUCGUGGAUGCUGUUGAGACGGCGGGAGUUAAGACUUGGGGUAUGAUUUACACGGGAGACUCGAGGGUGGAGGACGAUGGUGUCGCGUAG